UGUCAUCCACCUGAAAAUUGGCAAUCAUAUUUUCGUCUGUAGUGUGACGGGAGAAUUCAAAUAAAUUUAUUUCAAGAAAAUAUUGUGCAGAUUAAUGUUACGUUUACUUGUAUUGACAGCUAUUACCGCUGCUUUUAGAAGCAACUUCAGCACUGUUGCAACAGUCAUGGCAACUACAGCUGUCGACUUUGAGGUGUUCGGCCGGGUCCAAGGAGUAUUCUUCCGAAAGUACACUAAGGAGCAGGCUGACAAGCUGGGCCUCCGAGGCUGGUGCAAGAACACCUCCCAGGGAACCGUGCUCGGCCACAUGCAGGGCCCGAGUGACAAAGUGGAGACCAUGAUGCAUUGGUUGAAAACGACAGGAAGCCCCAGCAGCCAAAUAGAAAAAGCUGAAUUUAGAAAUCAAACACCCAUUGAAAAAUACACUUUCCAAGAAUUUGACAUUCGUCGGGAUGAUUAAGUUCUCCUUUUUUGUCGUCUCAGUUGCCUUAUAAGCUCGUAUGUACUGUCGUAUUUAUAUUAUGCAAGCGAUGUGAUAUUUAGUAUUUUAAUACCUCAUGUAUUACGUUAAUUAAUUAUGUAUUCGUGGAGAACUCCAAACAAUACAUUCUUAAAAGCCUA